AUGACAACCGCAGUCUCAGGCUUGACGAGAGGGGAGGCUCACAGCCGGCACUCCUGGACCAUUUCCCUAGCAACGGGAGGAGAAAAGCAGCUUAGACACUCGGUGCCCCGGCGUUCUCCCGGAACGUGCCCCGGCUGGCUGGCCUGGCAGCAGCUCGGCAUCUUCCCGCGGCUCCGUCAGCAGCCAAAAGGAGAAGCGUCCAUCGGAAAAAUGGCAUAUUACAAAUUUUGCUUUGGGAAGCAGAGCUCGGUUCAGACCAUUGUCAGAGGGAGGAGGGGGGAGGCGGCUCUUAAAGCAGCAGCGACCCGUUUGCCGGAGCAGCCGCAGCUCCUCGCGGGCAGCGGGAGACCCGGGGCGGGGAGUCGGCGAGUGGGGACUGGGUUUGACUUGUAG